AUGGCGGGCGGGGGCGGGGGUGCCCGCUAUAUACGGCCCCACCACCCCCGCCCCUGCCUGCCUCCUGCAGCAGGGGAGGCUGCGAGCUGCCGCUGCCACCGCGCCCGGCCCCGGCAGCCGCGCCGUCGGGGGCUUCAGGCAGCGAGUGGGUCAGCGACCCGUGCUGAGCAGGGGCUGGUCGGAACUGCUACCCGGUGCCGUGUAGCAGAGACCCGCAUCCCGGAGGAUAACCGCAGAGAUGAACGGGUUUGCACUCCUUCAGUUGUUGGGGUGUGUGGGUUUGCUAGUUCCACACACGACCCUGCGUACCUCAGGUGGCCCCUGAGCCCGCGGCUGCAGCCGUGGCCGGGCCCGGCGGCCUCCCCCCGCAGGCGCUUCGACACGGAGCUUCGAGCACGAAGGCCGGAAAAAAAACACUACCGCCUGCCCGGAGCCGCAGCCUUCACCGCCUCCGUGCUCAGCCCCUUCGCAGCAGAGAAGCUUCUGCCCCGAAGACCUCCCCUCCCGCCCUGCGCCUGCGCCGUCCGCGUCGCCAUUACCCGCCCCGCCUCUCUUUCUCAGGCGGCGUUGGCGUGGAUCCGGCGAAGCGUCGAAGGACGGAUCGGUGAAGGACAGAGCGGGGGAGAGGAAAAGGAGGGAGACACGGAGGUGGCUGGGGCAGCUGCCCCGGCUGCGGGGGUGGUGCGGGAGGCGGGGGGCUGCGUGGUGGGUGCGCCCGCGGCGCGGCCCUUGAGGGCGCAGGAGGCUCCUGUGAUGCUACAGUUUAGCUCAGGAAAAGUGGUAGCAGGCAGUGAGGUGAAGUUGGCUGACCAGAUGGUCACCAGCCCAAACUGUCUGGGUUCAGGGGUAGGAUGUAAGCCAAAGAAAAAGUUGGUGGUCAAACAGAGUCCUCAGCUGGCACCAAACAGAAAUCCUGAGCAGCCCUUAUCUUCCUGCCUGCAACCUCCACAGCACUCCAGCGUUUCCUGUAAGGAAUUUGCUCCUCUUGUGCCCAUGCAGAAGGAGCAAAGUGAGAGUAGCCAGAGACUCCCAAGUAAAAAAAAAACGUUCAGGAGGGCUGCCAGAAGAAGGAAGGGUUUAUCUCUGCCACUUGCAGACACUGCUGUAUGUGAAGAUUGGCAGGUAGCAGCCACGGCUGUAGCAGCAUCCUGGCAAGAGACUGUAAGGACAGGGAUGGGACAAGGUCAAGAGCUGAUUUUCUCAGGCACUACUUUGCAAGAUAAAUUCAUUGUAGGGAUUGAGAGAAAAGAACAUAGCUCAGAAGGACUGAACCUCUCAGGUUUUCGGGAGAGUCCAGGGAGCUCAGGAGAAAAAGGCAAAUACUCUCCUAUGGAAAUAAAACUACAAAUCCCAUCCUCAGAGGAGGAAAUUGAGGGCACAGAGAAAUACAGGAUUUGCUUUUUGCCAGAACCAGAAGUGCUGCAACCCAGUAAGGGUACAUGCAGCACUGAAAUGCAGAGCUUUGACUCGUUAAUGAUACUGGAGAUGCAAAUCCCAGAUCUUAAGAACAGUCUGGAGAGUUCUCAAGAAUCCUUGUCUGAGCCAAAACCUGAGAAGGAAGUAGGUACCUUGGAGAUACUGGUGGAUGAGUGUUCUUUAAUUGGAUCAAACAAGCCAGGGACACCGGAGAAAGGAAAGAGAUGCUUGAGAAAGAAAGGCAGGACAUCUUUCAGAAAACGGAAAUGUCAGUCUCCCAUAGAGAGGAGUAGAUCUGCCUUGCUAGAUCUGCAUACACAGUGUCCAGAGUCUGAAAAAGGAUCUGUGAGACUGAGGAAGAGGAACAGAAACACAGUGGUGUCACAGCAGCUGCAGGGUGUAGCUGCCCUAGAACAGCCAGCAGCCAGAGGAGAGAUGGAAGAGAGCUGCAUGGAAGAAGAGCAGCUGAGUGCAGACUCUCAGAAAGGAGCGGACAGCAUUGGGGAAAGUGAUGAAAAACAGAAUACAACUGAGCAAGACUUUGGGACACGGGCUGUGAAGAAGCUUAAGACAAAUUAUAAUAGUUCAGAAGAUCCCAAGGAAAAGGAGCCUCACUACUCUAGAUCUCCUCUGGUUUCUAAAUCAGGUGGUACUAAAAGCAGGAGCUUUCUGGGCCAUUCUGUAACAAAAGAAUCUGGUGUGCAUUAUAAAAACUGGAAACCCAGAACAGACCAAAUGAGUUGCUUGGAAAGUUUUAGCGUGACCACAGCUGAAGAAAUGACAGAUAUAUCAUCUGCACUAUCGGAUGCUGAACAUGGCAGAAACACCCUAGACCAUUGUAAUGGCUUGCUCUGUGCAGCAGGAAAGAAUCCAUUUGUGAGAUUAGAGGCCUGUAGUCACAUCAAUAAGUUAGUAGAGUCUUCAGCUAGUGGAGCUACCAGCAGUUACAAAUUAAGUGGGCUCAUCCAUAUAGCCCAUGAUAAAAGCAUGCCUGUUUUACCUGAUGGUGCUGUAGAACAGAGUGAUAGGAAUUGUAGCACUAGCAGAAUGCAAAAUGAGGCAUCACCCAUAAAAGGUGGUGUAUUGGUUACUAAUGAAAAAACUCAAGAAGGGUGUUUUUCAUGCUGCCAGACUGAAAAUAGCAAGUGCGUAAGGGGGGAAAGGUGGAAUAAUGGUAGAAAGCCUAGAAAAAAGAAGAAAAUCACUGAGAAAUCACCAGUUCAGAAUAUUUCCACAGACAUGGCUAAUGAAUGUUGUGGGUGUGAGUUACAAACAGAAACUGCAGCUGCCAUGUCAAGCUCCUGUGCAGUUUUAGGACUAAAUCAUAAAGAAAUCACUUCGGCAGCUUCAUGUGAUCGUACAUCAGGUCUUCAUGUGGGAAAAACCACUCCUGAAUCACAAAAUCCAUCAGCGUGGAGGAAGAACAGUACCAAAUUAAUUGCAUUUGAAGAUGGCUUUGAGAAGACAGCUGAGCUCUCGGUUAUAGCAAAAGGGGAAAAUGCACAUUGUUCUGCUGCCUCUGGUAGCCUGAGAGAGCCAGCUGAGGUCCAUGGUGUUUCUAAUUGCUACAAAAGCAAGAUAGAAAGAAAAUUGAAGAAAGCUAGUAAGAAUUUGCAUCAGUUUACCUGUCAAAGAACAGUACCUAUGACUGGUAAAAAUGUUUGGCCUUUGGAAUCUUGUGCCAGGACUUCUGAGUGGAUUCCUAAAAAUCAUGGGUCCAUCUCAGAAGCAAAAAGACUUCUAAAGGCUGCCCUUGAGGAAUCUUCUGAUAAAAGCAAUGUUAAAGCUGUAGGAAACAGUACUGUGACUGAGAAUUUGGUACAGUUGGAUUUGCAAAUGUCAUUGGCAGAAAUUAACAAAGAAUCUACACAUAAAAUAACGGAUCCAAAUACUGAAUGCCUUACUUCAGUUAAAACAACAGAAUCCUCUCCCAUGGGUAUUUAUGAGAAUUUGAGAAUGAGCAAUGAAAUUGUGGAAUCACGAGUCAGUAAGGACAGAGGUGUCAUGGCUUUUACCCAUGAGGAUGUUCAAGAAGAUAAAACAACCUUGACUUUUACAACAAAACAAAAAGAUAAAAAUAAAGGAGCUGUGACAAAAAGAAAUCUCUCUCUGACAGUCCUGAAUGGUAAAUCUACAGAUAACAAAACCAAACUAAACUUAAGCCAGAAACCAGAAGAAGUCAAUCAGGUAGUUUUGGAUUUAAAGCCAAAGAAAGUAGUAAAUACUGGAAACCUGACAAAAUUCAAAAUUCCUUUAUGCAGAAACAAGCCUGAAUCCAGGAAAUUGGAAUCUGUCCAUUCAUUUCAAAGAAAAAACUGUGGUCCAUUAGAGCUUCUUGACAGCAGUGGUGUUUCAGGGAGCCAGAAAGCAGGUGAAGAGACUGCGGUAAAUGCUGCAAAACAGCCUCUUCCUGUCAUGAAUGAUGCUACAUCUACAGCUUCCAUGAAGAAAAAGGUAGAUGAGGUAAACAGUAAGGACUUUGAGCAUGAUGGCUCUGAAAACCUCAAUGAGUUGUCUGUGCUCCCUGAAAAUUUUUCUUUAUAUCCACAUCCUUUUUUUGGUGGACAGAUGGAGUCACCUGUGCCUGCUGUCCCAGGUACUGAAUGUGUACUAGAAUCUAAUUUUCCUGAUCAUUCUUGGAAUGGAGUUGACUGUCCCGUUGCAGUAGAAAUAAAUGGUGAUAGCAAAUCAAGAGAUAAUCUUUCACAACACAAAAGUCACAGUUUUCCAGAUAUUCUUGAAGCUUAUGAAGAAGAUGUGCUUAUCAUUGAUGUGAUUCAGGAUGACCCUGACCUUUUUGGAACUACUAAGGAAGAGGAGCUUGCAAUUGCAGACUGUAGAAACAGUCCUAUGAAGGUGUCCUGUACUAGUGUCUGCAUUAAAGAAGAAAAGGAGGAUCUUAAGCCUGAGUAUCCUGGUAUCUCAAAAAAUAUCAACGCAGUAGAUGAUCAUUUUAGACACAUCACCAUAGAGGAAUCUGGAAUGUUGAAUGAUACUGAAAAUUCCUGUGAUUGGGUGCUAAAAGCUACAGAUAUUAAGACUCACAACUCCUCCAGGGGAAGCAGCCCUUUGGGAGGUGUUAUUGGGGAGUUUCUUGGAGAUACACAACUGAACGACCUAGAUGAACUUCUGAAGAGUUAUGACAUGGAUGAAAAGUUCAGUUUUGCAGAUGGAGUGCCUGAUGUUGAACAGGAAAAAAAGGGUGGAGCUGAAAAAAGUGACUAUAAAUACAAAGAUCUUGUGAAUUGUGAAUUGCUGUCAGGAUUGCCAUUGCAUGCCCCAAAAGUAAAAGGCCUCAAUGAAGCUACAGUGAUGAAUCCCCAGAAAAAUGAUUACAGGUUUUCAGGACAAAGUCCCUUACUGCCAUUGCAAAACGAUGGAGAUUUUGAGCCAUUGAGGACAGAAAAAAAUGCUGUUGUUUCUCAUUCAGUCCAGCAGAUGCUUGAGAUGAUUGAAUUGCCUCGUAAAUAUUGCAGAUUAUAUUUCAUGACUUUACGUGGGUGUGAAAGAGCAAAAUGUUGGUUUUGGCAUGUUCCUGAACAAGGGGAUGAAAAGAUUUGCAUGGCAAUACUUAGGACAUAUAUUAGUAUCAAAGAAUGUGGCCUUCUAAAACGUGCAGUCGAAAUAUUUAUGAAAUACUACAGAGAAGUUACUCCUGGUGUGAAUUUUGCUUCUCGAGUUCUGAAUGAUCUUCUGAUUUCUUUGAUCAAGAACUGCUUGUUGCAGGAAGUAUUUCAAAUAUUGAAUCUAGCUGUACAAAUCAAUACACUGCCAGCUGUAGAUGUUGUUCUGAAAAUUUUUGAGCAUGUGGCUUCUUGGAAUAGAAGAGACGCUGUGCCUACAUUAAUCACUAUCUUCCAUAAGCUUAUUGAUGCUGGUAUGUUCCUUGAGUUUGAACAUUUUGACUAUAUCAUUAAGUUCCUUCACAAAUUUCAAGUCUCCAGUCAGGAAGUAAAUAUUGUUUUGAACAUGAAAUCCAGGCUUCAGGAAAGACAUUUUGAAAAGAACUGGGUUUUUGACUUCAACUUGGCAGUGGCUGAGAUGCAGCAUUGCAAAGUAAAAGGUGACUGGACAAAGCUCGGAGCUUUGUAUGUUAACACAAGAACUGGAUGUGAACAUUUUGAAGAUCUUCAGAAGUUGUCUUUAUGUAUUGGUGAAAUACUAGCUGGAGAUUCUGAGACAGACAGACCAGAAGUUCCUUUUUGUGAUUUUGCUGAUGCAGUAAUAAAAAAUUCAAAACAUAAUGAGGGAGACAGAAUUUUCAUUGGAAGGACUGGGAUAAGCGUAAUGUGUUCUUACCACAAAGUACUGCAGUGGAUGAAGGGAAGGAAGGUUUUGGAUAAAUUGCGUGAGCUACAGAUUCAUUUUACAGUCUUGAAAGGACUUACAGGUGCAGAGAGUGUAGCUUCAAGAUGUCAAAUUGUUAAUAAAGCUGCAGAAAUUUUUCUUAAAACUGGAAGUUUGGAUGGAGCAACAUGGGUAUUGAGAGAAUCAGAGUGGACCACAAAUUCACCAUUAUGGCCCUGUAGUAACACAGACCUCCUCAAUCGACACAAUCUGUUGUGUACCUUAGUGCACAAAUACUUGAGGAAGAGUUUAUACAGGCAGGCAUUUGAAGUACUGCAGAAUUUACCAGGUUUUCAUAAUCAUUCUGAUACUGUAGGUGUUUCUCAGUACAGCUCCCUUUUCAACAAGCUGAUAAAUGCCUGUUUUGAGAGCAGGAACCUUGGGGUGUCAUCUUCUGCAGUAGACUUCAUGCUUUCCAAAAACAUUGCUAUAGAUUUAUUUUUACUCAGAGGAUUAAUCACAGCUUUGGGAAGAAGUUCUUUGUGGUCUAAAGCUAGGACCUAUUACAAAAGUGCUUUAUCAUUGGGUUGCUACCCACCCCUGCAAGGGAAUUUGUAUCACAAAGUUUUAAUGAUUCCAUCUUACCUGUCAGAAGUUGAGAUGCUGUUGGCCAUUGAAAUAUUUCUUGUUUCAAAUGCCAGUGAUAUUCGAAAUCCAAUGGCUACUAGUCAGACUCUUCAAAUAAUACUGAAAAGAUGUGAAGAUCAGACAGUUCAGAAUAACAGUGACUAUCAAGCAGCGGUGGAGAGACUGAUCCUGGCUGCUCGUUUAUCUGAUCCAAAGCUUUUUCUCAAACAUAUGACAAUGAAUGUUAAUAUGGAAGAAGUUUACAGCUUGGAGCUUACAUCAGCUCUAAAAUGGAUACAGGAGAAUAUGAAGUGGGCAAGGAACGUCUGGCUAUUUCAGCAGUCAUUAAUUAGUAAAGAUUCUUUUAGUUUUUAA